AUGGAGCAUCGCCUCAAGCCAAAUCUAUCAAUCCGCAUUUCGGGUCCCGAGUCAUUUUGCAGUAGAAUUACUGAAUUUACCGUUACGGCAUUUUACCAGUUGGUAGAAUUAAUUACGGCACAGUACCUGAUUGCC